GUUGGGUGCCAACAGGGCUCUUUCUCCCAGUAUUCACCAUUGGAGCGGUAUGGGGUCGUCUCUAUGGGCUUUUAGUACACGAACUGUUAGCCCAAAGCUAUGCCUUCGCACCGCCUGCUGUGUACGCUCUAGUAGGCGCGAUAUGUCUUACUGCUGGAGUUACUCGGACCAUCUCGGUGGCCGUUAUUGCAUUUGAGCUUACUGGGCACAUCCACCAGAUGUCUGUUAUCGUCAUAA